CUCGGCGCCCAGACUACAGAWGGCAGAUCCUAUCUAGCCUACUCUACAAUGCCGCCAGAUGACGUCAACAGCUUCACCGAAGUACGAGCAGAUCUCGGACAAUGUCGUCGCUUCUAGCACCAGCGGGAGGAGUAACGGGGGAAGAACAGGAGGAGCAGGGGGAGGAGGAGGAGGAAGAGGAGGAAGAGGAGGAAGAGUUGUCAGGGCAGGGGGAUCGCAAUCGGGGGAAGUAGAGGUCGGGAUGGAGAAAUGGGAUCGGAGAGGGAAGUCGGGAUCGGGGGACAGAGGUGGGGAUCGAUGGGGAGAAAUUGUGGGGAAGGAAGUUCGGGAUGGGGAGGGAAGUCACCGGAAGGAGGUCGGGGGAGGGAGGUCGGAGGAGGGAGGUCGGAGGAGGGAGAUGGGAUCGGGGGAGAGAGGUGGGGAUCCAUGGAGGGAAGCCGGGAUCGGGGGAGAGGUGGGGAUCGAUGGAGGAAAGUUGGGAUCGGGCGAGAGAGGUGGGGAUCGAUGGAGGGAAGUUAGGGAAGGGACGCUGGGAUCCGGAAGGAAGUCGGCGAAGGGAGGUCUGGGGAGGGAGGUCGGCUAAGGGAGGUCAGUAAAGGGAAGUCCAAGUA